AUGACCCAAUCAGUCUUGGGGUCUUCACUCCUUCAGACCCAGGACGUCCACUCUCCCAAUUAUUCACACGGUCGCAGCAGUGAAGACAGUCACCACCACAAUCACCACAAUCACCACAAUCACAUUCGUUCUCACAACAAAUUCCACAACAGGCGGCAUGACGAGUAUGAUUCUUCCGUGGUCCAGGUGAUUCAGACCAUUUCCAUCGUACAGGUUAUCGAUUCUUCCGGUGCCACUGUCGAUGUCCACACACUUUCGCAACCAACAACCACGGCCCUCGCUGAUACCGCAGUAGUCGAUGUCUCAAUUUUGAACGAGCUGGGCACUACUGCAGGAACCAGCGACGAUGUCACCAGCCUGUAUUCCGCACUACUCCCAACGACAGCAUCAUCGCCAGUAGAGUCUGUACCGCUCUCUAUGUCGUCUUCAACUCCCAGUGUGGCCACUUCUGCUAUAGUUACUCCUGCGCCUUCUUCACCUGAUCCAUCCGUUUUCCCUUCAGUGGGUAGUGGUAUCAGCAAUUCAACACAAGUUACACCUUCGUCACUCCUUAGCAACGGCACAGUUAUUUCAUCUACGACAUCUUCAACUGCGAACCUGACAACAUCUGUACUUCCUAAUUCGUCUGGUACAGUUAUAUUCAACUCCACAUUUACAACAACCCUUGAGCCGUCUGGGUCUUUAUCUUCAACUAUCACAGCAUCAUCGUCAUUGCCGACUACAUUUUUCUCUGGGACAGCAACUUCUACAGGAGGUAACGAUGGCGGGUUUGCAGGUGGUGCAACUGACGGCGCGACGGGAACGGUCUCCCCCUCCAGCACUUCCACUGCCGGCAGCGGCUCAGGGUCUUCAUCUAGUGAUACCUCGACGGCCACCAUUGCCGGAAGCGUUUUGGGUGCGGUGGCUGGUGUCGCCUUUAUUCUUGUCCUUGCUCUCAUGGCUUUGAGGUGGAAGAAGCGUCAGAACGCGUUGAGACUCAGCAGUGGCGAGAAUAGCGCGCGUGGUGGCUUCCUCAGUGGUACAGGGGGGGCGGCAGCGGCAGCAGCAGCGGCAGCGGGAAGGCCAUCUACGGCAAGGUCUCGUGGUAUGAGCGGUACCAUGGUCGAACGACGGUCAGUCCCAUUUGCUGUUCCCGCAGCUCUGGCCACUUUAACGGCCGGCUACAAACGAUUCUCGGGCCGAACCACGGCAUCUUCAAUCGAAGGGAAUGAGAAGGGCUUCCAGAAGGUUGCUGGAAGGAAACUCCCGUCCGUUCUGCAACACGGUGGUGAUGGCUACUCGGAACCGUCGCCACCCCCACACGACAGCAUUUCGAGUGAGCAGUCAUUUUAUAGGGAUUCCCAAGGCUUCUUUGGCGGUCCCGAAAUGCCAAGACUAGCUGUGGGCUCUCCGAUGCGACCGGAAAGCGGCGUUCCCAUCUUUCACCCGGGACCGGCCAAGACGCCCGUCACAGAGCAGGCACGUUUCAGCCCAACGUUAUCGCCUCCUCAGCGGGACCCUCUUGGCCGCUCCCGCCCUUCUAUGGACGGAUCCAGUCGAUCUCACGGCUCUGGUUCGAGAUUUACUGAAGAGAUAUGA